AUGGCCUCAGCCAACACCGUUACCGAGAAUGGCUCUGCCAAGAAGCCGUGGCGGUCAGCCGCAGCAAUACUCCGCGAAAUGCUGAGUGACCCAGAAAAGAUAGUAGUCUGUCCAGGUGUCUAUGAUGGCUAUACGGCUCGCAUUGCACUCGACAUCGGAUUCGAUGCGCUCUACAUGACUGGAGCUGGGACUGCAGCCUGCCGUCUAGGAGCAGCUGACCUUGGUAUCAUCAACAUGACAGAAAUGGCUGCGAAUGCAAGCAUGAUUGCGGGUCUGGACUCCAGAGUCCCUGUGAUCGCCGACGCUGAUACUGGAUUCGGCUCGUCACUGUCGGUGGCUCGGACGGUCAAAACUUACAUUGAAGGAAAUGUUGCAGCACUCCACAUCGAAGAUCAGGCGUUUAUGAAGCGGUGCGGCCACCUCCGCAACAAAGAGUUAGUAUCAUUAGAUACCUACUUAACUCGAAUUCGUGCGACGAGCAUGGCCCGAGAAGCAUCUGGUCGGGACAUUGUCAUUAUUGCACGAACCGAUUCUCUGCAGUCUCUUGGUUUUGAUGAGGCUAUCCGGAGACUGAAGGGAGCUCACGAAGCAGGAGCUGACGUAGCAUUCUUCGAAGGCCUUUUGUCAAAGGAACAAGCUAGAGAUGCAGUUAAAGCGCUGGCGCCAAUACCGUGCCUUCUUAAUAUUGUCCAUGGCGGAGUGACGCCUGCAGUCACCGCGCAGGAAGCAAAAGAAAUGGGGUUCAAAAUUGUCAUCUGGCCCAUCCUGUCAUUAUCGGAGGUAUACAAUUCGACACGUCGCGCAAUGAAGGAGCUGCGUGACAUGGGUUAUGUAAUGGAGAGGGAAGACAAAGCUGGUGGUAUCUACGAUGUGUUCGGCGUCCGUGGGAUCAAUGAGUGCGCAGAGUUCGAUGCUGCUGCCGGAGGAGCUACUCUCCAGGGCGGGUUUUGA